CAAAAAAAAGUUAAAUUUAAUAGGAGUAAUAAAAAUUUUAGGCACGUAGUGAAAAAACAAAUUCUCUGUGUUAGAAAAAAAAACAAAAUAAAGUUCAGCAAAAAUAAAAAUCCUUGGAAAAACCUCUGUUAACUCUGUCACAAUGCAGUCACUAAACCAUUUCAAGUGUCGCACUAAUUGCAAACACCAAGAAUGUCAACGUCAUGCUCACUUGGGUGUCGUCGACCGCAACGAGACGGAGUUUGGCUCUGCUCAGCAAGAGCUUACGGGCUCUUCAAUCUUCUUGGAAAAUGUCAUAGAUUUGUCACACACGCUGGCACAGAUUAUGAUUUUGUGCGGCAUACAUGAGUGCAAAGCCAAAACGUCAGUCGACAUUAUAACGUACUCCUUUUUGCAUUAUGAUUUGGUGUGCUAUUGCCUGGAUGCCAGGCCAACGAAGAGAUUACGCAAAGAGGAUAUAUUCCAUGAAUUGGGUAGAAAGUGUCUCAUGAAUCGUGUAGAGGCACAUUUGUGUUAUAAUAUUAUUAAACGUGGUUUUAAGGCAUUCUAUUAUCGUGCUCACAAUGAGGAAGAAGGCAAAGAGAAUGAUAAACCCUCCAUUUCGGAGGAAUGUGUUUAUGUGCAUGCUGCCAAAAAGACAGCAGAAUCUUAUGCUCAAUUUGAGGGUUUGUCGUGUGAUGAACAGCGAGGCGUGGAGGCUAAAAUCUUGGUGGUUUAUAAGAAAUUCUAUGAUCGUAUGCAAACGCGCAAAGCUAAGCCUGCCCAACAAGACUGCAAUUGUUGUUUCUGUGCUAAAAACCGAGGUCAUAUGGUCUAUGGCCAGCCUUCGCCUUGUUCUGAAAUUCAACCUAAAAAGUCUCAUACCUGUCGCCACUGUUGCAAAAAGAAAAAAUCAUUUAAACUCAUACAUUCAGCUACCAUUCCACCUAAAUGUCCUGUGUGCCAUCGUUCGCGCAACUAUUGUACUUGUGCUAAAUAUCAAUUUGAUCUGAAUUGGAUUGGCAGCAUUUGGUCAAGGCCCGAUAUGAAUCUUUAUUAUAAGGAAAAUAUUGAAAAGGAACCUAUGGAAACUAUAGCGGGUUGCUUUCCUCAGGGCUGUUUGGAGGAGGGUGAAGAAAAUCAACCGGUAGUUGGGGAACCGGAAAAUAUUGGUCAGGAGGAGCAGCAGCAAUAUAAGGGAAAUGAAGAGGAGGACUAAAUAAUUAUAUCAGGUUAUUAUUUUAACAAAAUUUUAAUGUGAUAUUGUUAAAAACGUGUAGCUUUUUCUUUGGUUUGUUUAAAUUUAUAUAUGAGUUGAAAAUAAAUAUGUAAAUUAAACAAAUCAUUUGGAAGUGUGAGAAAAUCUUUUGAUUCAAUGACUCAAAUAUUAUUAUUUAAAUUCGUAU